AUGACCAUCGCACGCCCCAAUCUUCGUCCGCCGUUCGGUGGCAAUGGAUACCCGACGUCGGCCUCGGAGAACUUCCGACCCGCCAUGCCUGCGCCGCAUCUGCUGCCCAAGCGCGUUUUCGUGGGUGCCAUCAUCAGCUCUAGGUCCGCAACCGACCUGAGCAUCAUCCAGCGCGGCCUGCUCGGCGUCGGCUCGGGCGGCGUGAUCCGCUUCUUGGAAGAUCUCGACGUUCUCGAACGUCAGGUUCCCCACGCUGCUGCCACCGCGUCCGCCGCAUCCCCUUCCGCCGAGUCCUCCACCUCCGCCUCGACCAGCACUACUGGCACCGCCAUCGCCGAUGCCGCCGAUGACCGCUCCUCCACUCCGGUUCCCAUUCCUGGAUCCACGCGCUCCAGUCUCCCCGAGGCUCCAGAGCUCACCUCGCUUGAGAUGCCGCCGCCUGCCGUGCCCACGCGAGCCGCCGCCUCGUCGUCCUUCGACGCCUCGCAAGACGAAGCUGCCCGCCGCGAACAGCAGCUCAUCAAGCACGUCCUCGACAAGCACGGCUGGCGUCAGGGCCAGUACAAGCUCACUCGCCUCCCGCCCGGCAGCUUCCUCUGCUCCGGCUUCAUCGAUACCCACACGCACGCCUGCCAGGUGCCCAACAUCGGCCUCGGUCAGCAGUACGAGCUGCUCGACUGGCUCCAGCACGUCACCUUCCCGCGUGAGCGCAGGUUCGAAGACGCAAGGUACGCCCGCAAGACGUACGAGUCGGUCGUACAGCGUCUCAUCGACUCGGGCACCACCACCGCAUGCUACUAUGCCACGUUGCAUCUCGAGGCCUCCAAGAUUCUCGCCGAGAUCUGCAAUGAGCGCGGCCAGCGCGCCUUCGUCGGCAAGUGCCAGAUGGACCGCAACUCGCCCAUCGACUACAUCGAGAAGAAUGCGUCGCAGUCCAUCGAGGAUACCAAGGAGUUCGUUCGCUUCACCAGGAGCCUCAGGCCGUACGGCCAGCCCCCCGACGUGUCGUCGCCCUCCAUGAGUCCUGCGGAUCUGCACAGCACCUCGCCCGAGAUGGACGCCAGCAUCGCGCGACUCAGCGCCACCAUGGACGAGCUCAUGUCGCCCACCGGUAGCAAGCCUCCCUCCGAGACCAACGGCAGCCCCUCGUCUGCCAAGGUCUCAUCCUCGCUCAAGCCCAUCUCGCGUUCGAGCGUCGCCGUAGCGAGGCAGCCGAGCAGCAGCAGCAUCCGAUCCGCCCGCGAGAGCGGCACCUCAACGCCGUCGAGGCAGCGCGAGCGCGAGCUCAACAAUGCCCUCGUGCAGCCCAUCCUUACGCCGCGCUUCGCCAUCUCGUGCACGGACGCCAUGCUCACCGGCAUCUCGGCGCUGCUCUCUCGCGACCCCACGCUACGCGUGCAGACGCAUCUGAGCGAGAACGAGGGCGAGAUUACUUUCACCAAGCAGCUUUUCCCCUUCGCCAAGAAUUACACCUCGGUGUACGACCACUACUCGCUGCUCGGCCCCCGCACGAUCCUGGCGCAUGCGGUCCAUCUGGAUGCCGACGAGCUCGCCAUCAUCAAGAAGCGAAAGUGCGGCGUGUCGCACUGCCCCACCAGCAACCUCAACCUGCGCUCGGGCGCUUCGCGCGUGGGCGAGAUGCUCAACAUGGGCAUCAAGGUCGGUCUCGGCACCGACGUCUCCGGAGGAUUCGGUCUCGGCAUGCUCUCGGCCAUCCGCGAAGCGAGUGUAGUGGCCAAGGUGCUUGCCUUCCAGCGAGCCCAGGCCGAGUCCAAGGCCAGGGAAGAGGCGGAGGAGCUCGCCGCAACCGCACCACCCACGAGCGAACAGGCGGCUCUGCAGGCGCAGCAGCCGCUUGGCGGGGCUCCGCCCGUCGAUGGCAGGUAUCCAGGCCCGCCUGUGGCCGGCCAGUACCAGCCGAGGAAGCCACACUCGAUCGCCACCUCGAAUCUCAACCCGGUGGAGGCGAAGCAGUCCGUGCAGGACCCCGCAUCGUCGAUGACGUCCAAGUCCACCGUCGACUUCACCAAGGGCCCGCUGAGUAUCGCCACUCUCUUCUAUCUCGCCACGCUCGGCGGCGCCGAGGUGUGCGCCAUGGCCAGCCGGAUCGGAUCGCUCGAGGCCGGCAAGGAGUUCGAUGCGCUUCUCGUGCAGACCACCUCGCACUGGGGCCCGUCCGGAUACACGGGCAACCCUGGCUGCUUCGUCGAGGAGGACGACACGCUGCCCGAUGUCUUUGAAAAGUGGCUCUUCACCGGUGACGACAGGAACAUCGCCACCGUCUUUGUGCGUGGCCGCGUCGUUGGCGGUGCCAAGCCCAUCAGGGACUAG